GUGACGUCACGGCGGCGGUUGGCACAUUAUUUAUUUUCCAUAGGUUGCUGUAAUUCAAGGAAGGAGGACGAGCGGCCGUCUGCUGGUGGUCAACAAAGUGAGGACUAUGCGCUCACUUGUCGGACUAAUCGCGGUUGUUGUCGCAGCCAGCUUGUACCUGUACUCCCUGUCCCUGUACCUCCCUCCGGCACCGCCAAGACGCUCUCAUGCAACUUCCGAGACCGAGUCCGAGCAACCGACUGUCAGCUCCGAAGAGCCCCGCAGGUUGAAGUUCCCAUCAGACUUGGAGGAGCUGCGGGAACUGGCUGAGCUGCUGCAGUUUUACAAGACAGAGCACACUGGAUAUGUCCUCCUGCUCUUCUGUAGUGCUUAUCUCUACAAGCAGUCCUUUGCCAUUCCUGGAUCCUCGUUCCUGAACAUUCUCGCAGGAGCUAUAUUUGGACCAUAUGAAGGACUGCUGCUCGCCUGUGUGCUCACCACUGUGGGCUCCACUAUGUGCUACCUUUUGUCUCAGGCCUUUGGGAAACACUACAUCGUGAACCUCUUCCCUGGUAAAGUCUCCAUGCUGCAGAAGAAGGUGGAGGAGAACCAGGACUGCUUGUUCUUCUUUCUGCUCUUCUUGAGAUUUUUUCCAAUGACUCCCAACUGGUUUCUGAACAUGUCUGCUCCAAUUGUAAACAUCCCCAUCACCUUCUUCUUCUGCUCAGUGUUCAUUGGCCUUCUUCCCUACAACUUCAUCUGUGUCCAAACGGGCGUCAUGCUCUCAGAGGUGUCCUCGCUCGAUGACCUGUUCUCCUGGGAGCGGCUGCUGCAGCUGCUGGCCAUCGCCUGCAUGGCUCUGCUGCCCGGUGCCCUCAUCCGCCGCUAUAGUCAGCGGCAUCUGAAACUGGAUGUGCAGUCGCAGAAUGGACUCAUCACAAAUAAGAAGGUCCAGUAAUUGGUUCUGGGAAUGAGCUUGGUUCCUGGUGCUUUGACGCACUCCGACCUGAAAGUGAAUGUCUUUUUUUAAGUGUGGCCCUGCAGAAAAUCUUUGUGCACACACAUGCGUCAAGGUCACUUUUAUUUGAAAUGAAGAUGGAAAGGGAUCGCAGUUUUUUUUUGGAACAAUGUGUUGGUGGGAUUUGAAGCUGAGAAUUCUUUUUUUUUUUUACCAGAUGUUUACUGCCAGAAUAUAUAGAUGUAUGAAUGUACAUUAAUCAUGGAGAGAAAGAGGAAAGGAUUUUAAGGAAACUUUGCUCCUGUGCU